AUGGAUGAGCUUGAGCAGGAGAUCUCCGCCGUCGGGGAAUCCACCAAGCACGUCCUUGAUGACAUCAAGCAGUCCCAACAAGUCGACCGAGGCUUGACUGCUGAACAAUUCCAGAUCAUGCAAGAGAAGCAUGACCGCGAGGUAACGGGUUUGCGUAAUUUGGUUAAUGAACUUACUCGUGAAUGCAGGUCUCUUCGAGAAAUGGUACAGCGAGCACUAAUUGGAGAGCCCGAACGCACUCCGAGGGAGCAAAUGAUCAAGGCACCCGAACCAAGCACCUACAAUGGGACUCGGAGUUCCACCGCAGUGGAGUCCUUCCUCUUCGGCAUGGAGCAAUACUUUGACAAUGGAGGAAUCUCGGGGGAACAAAUCAAAAUCAAAGGCGCAGCCAUCUACCUUCGAGACCUCGCCCAAUUGUGGUGGAGACGCACCUUACUGGACCAAGAGCGACCCAUCGUCACUUGGGAUCAGUUCAAGACUGCCCUCCGGCAUCAAUUUGUGCCUACCAAUGCACGAGACGAGAUCCGAACCAAGUUUCGGCGUCUACGUCAAACAGGGAGUAUCGCUGACUAUAUACGUGACUUUACGGCUUUAUUACUUGAACUAGGAGAUGUUUCUGAUCAAGAUGCCUUAUUUCAUUUUAAGGAUGGUCUUAAAGAUUUUGCUAGGAUGGAAGUGGUACGCCGGGAAGCUCACACGUUGAAUGCAGCCAUUGCCAUUGUGGAGAGUCUCACAGAUUACUCCGCAAACCGACCAAACCAACCCUCACAGUCUAAGGAUGGAAACAAGUCACGCUCUCAUCAAACCAACCAAGGACAACCUCCUAAGCAAGCCGACAAAGACAAGGAGAAAGGCAAAGGCAAAGUCUCCGAGGACGAGGAGCUAGCCAUUGUUGGAUCCUUACACCGAUUCAACACCUUGUCCAAGAAGGCAACACCGGGAACUAGCAAGAACAAGGAACCUAUGACCAAAGGACUCCUAUACGCGGACGUCGAAAUCUAUGGUAAACUCGUUCCCGCUAUGUUUGAUACCGGUGCUUCACAUAAUUUCAUGGAUGUAGGUGAGGCGAGUCGAUUGAAGCUUAAGGUGGACAAGAAUGGGGGGACGGUUAAAGCGGUUAACUCUCCGGCCCAAUCCGCUUCCGGCAUUGCUCGCGAUGUCCGGAUCCGCAUUGCCGCCACUGCAAUGGUUAUUGUCGACCAUGACAAGCCAACUGUGGUGCCCCUUCGAUCCGCUCCAUCCACAACCACUCCCACACUCACAGCCAUGCAAUUCAAGCGUGGAGUGAAGAAUCCGGACUGCUUCCUUGCAACAGUCCGUGAGCUCAACAACUCGGACGAGACGGAUGCUUCGGAUCAGCCCACGAUCCCGAGAGAGGUAUGUAAUGUCCUUAACGAGUUUGUUGAUGUGAUGCCAGAGGAGCUGCCCAAGAAGCUUCCUCCAAGGCGUGGAAUCGAUCACGCCAUUGAACUUGUCCCCGGAGCAAAGCCACCGGCGAUGGCCCCCUACCGAAUGGCGCCACUCGAGUUGGCCGAACUCAAGAGGCAACUUGAGGACCUCCUAGACGCCGGGUACAUCCAGCCCUCCAAGGCGCCCUAUGGAGCUUCGGUUCUCUUCCAAAAGAAGAAGGAUGGUUCCUUGCGGAUGUGCAUAGACUACCGCGCACUCAACAAGGUAACCGUUAAGAACAAAUAUCCGAUUCCUUUGAUAGCUGACCUCUUUGAUCAGCUUAAGGACGCACGGAUCUUCUCCAAGCUCGACUUGAGGUCGGGUUAUUACCAAAUUUUUCAUGAUCUCCUUGACAAGUUCGUUGUAGUGUACUUGGACGAUAUUGUUGUGUAUAGUUCGUGUUUGAGUGAGCAUGUAGGUCAUCUUCGAACCGUGUUGAAGAUCCUCCGAGACAACGAGCUGUAUAUCAAACUCGAGAAGUGCUGCUUUGCACAACCCGAGGUCGAGUUCUUGGGCCACUACGUCAAAGACGGACAGUUGCUCAUGGACCCGAAGAAAAUCAAAGCAAUUGCCGAGUGGACCGUGCCAAAGACCUUACCACAACUUCGGUCUUUUCUCGGUCUAGUCAACUACUAUCGGAGAUUCAUCCUUGGAUACUCCUCCAUAGCAGCCCCACUCUCGGAUAUGCUCAAGAAGGACCGCAAAUGGAAGUGA